UUUAUUUAAUACAAUUGAGCUUCGAAAAUAAAUCAAAGCACUUAGAUAAUUGUUUUGCACUCCAAUUGUAUUUUGCAAUUCGAUUUCAUAAGUUUAGUGUUGAAGAAUUACAAACAUCCACUAUUAUUAAAACUGCUAUGAUUUUAUUGUUCGAUACUCAUUUCGUUAAUGAAUUAAAUAAAUUAAUUUUUUAUUUAUUAGGUGCGGCAUAAAAACCCAUUUUCAUUCCAUCAUAAUACAAUUAAGAAGCGGCUGUUGUCAAUAAUCUAGAACUUCAUAAAACAUUUUAUAAGUUGUUUUAAAUAAUAAAAUUAUUUAUGAAAACUUAAAAAGUUUUAUCAUCUGUUGUCUGCUUCAAUCAGUCACUCGAUUACAUCAUUGCUUCAACACUUGACAGGAGGGUAGUAAUGCCCAACGACAAUAAAUUGUGAAAUGUGCCGGUUUAGGCUUUGUGAAGCUUCGUAUUUGCUCAACGAAAAUAAUAGGACUUCAUUAACACCAAAAUUUCUGACAAAUAUUAAAUUAGAAUUGUACAAGAAUCAACAAUCGAAACAAUAUAGUCGAAAAAAUUUCGAAGAUGUCUGCAAUAGAAGCGCCACCGUUUAUAAAAACAAUCGAGUGGGACAUGAUGGACAAAACGAAAUUUUUUCCCCUGAGUAUGCUGUCAUCUUUCUCAAUACGAUGCUGCCUUUAUCCAUUGACUGUCAUAAAAACACGGUUACAAAUUCAACGAAGAAAUCAUAUGUAUACAGGUAUGAUAGACGCCUAUCAAAAAAUUUAUCGAAUGGAAGGACUAGCUGGUUUGUAUCGAGGCUUCUGGAUAAGUUCAAUCCAAAUAGUAUCAGGGGUAUUCUACGUGUCAACGUACGAGGGUGUAAGGCAUAUUCUAAAUCAAGAUCCACUUACAGCGGGUCUAGAUUCAAGAAUAAAAGCAUUAAUUGGUGGAGGUGCGGCAAGUACUGUUGCACAAACUAUUGUUGUGCCUUUUGAUGUAUUAAGUCAGCAUCUUAUGGUACUUGGAUUUACCAAUAAACGCGGAAAAUUUGCAGUCGAUAAGAUGGCAAUGAAUCCACUAGGAUUAAAUUUAACCCUUGGAUCGUCACGCGCUUUUGUUACCAGUGAAAUAAUCAAAUCAAUUUAUCAAAAAGAUGGUAUAAAAGGAUUUUAUCGUGGAUAUAUGGCUUCAUUAUGUGCUUACGUACCUAACAGUGCUUUAUGGUGGGGUUUAUACACUUUCUAUCAAGAUGAAUUGUUACGAAUUUUACCAAAUUGGGUGUCUCAUUUAUUUAUUCAAUCGUUAGCUGGAACUUUUGGGGGUUUUACUACGACAAUAAUUACAAAUCCUCUGGACAUUGUACGUGCACGUUUACAAGUUCAGCGCCUAGAUAGUAUGUGUCAUACGUUUAGAAUUUUAUGGAUCGAAGAGGGUUUCAAAAUGUUCUCGAAAGGUUUAUCAGCAAGACUUGUACAGUCAGCGUGUUUCAGUUUCUCAAUAAUUAUUGGAUAUGAAACUAUUAAACGUAUUAGUGUUAAUGAAGAGUACAAAAGCUUUAUAAAGUGGUGAGAGAAUAGAUGAACAAAUUCAUGCUUAUAAUGUUAUUUUUGUUCACUUACUUACUACAUUUUCUAUCGUAUCUUUGCCAUAAUCAAUCGUGAUCCAAAGAUGAAGCGGAUAUGUAAAUAAGGAAGUUUCAUUCCAUCUUGUACAUAAUGCACGUUUUCUUAUUUAUCAAUAUGUAUAUAUACGUGUAUAUUAAUUUUAAUAAUUCAUAAGUUGAAUAUUUAACUGAUCAAUAAAUAACUUAAUACCAAUACUUUACUUACAUUGUUAAUAAGUUGUUUGCAAUAAUUUAUGAAUAUAAUUAACAACCAAUGCAUUUGUAAUCAAUCUUAAAACGGGUAGUUGUCAAAAUUUUAUUAAAAAAUUAGUUUUAAAAAU